AUGGAACUGCUCCGUCAAGAAGUGUCCGUGGCUCAAGAGAGACUUGCGUCUCACAGGCGCCAAGAAGACUUCUCCUUUAGGAUGGCUUAUUUCGGACUUCUCCGUGGUAUCCUCAAUCCGUCGCGAGCUCUUCCGCAGGUGGUCUUGGACGACCUGCUGGAUCGCUUCCAAACCGCCAGAGAAGGCGUCAUUUUUGCCGAGCGCCGAUUGGCAGAAGCCCGUCGGCGUUUGUCCGAGUUUGAGUUGGUCGCCCAGGUAAUUUAAUUCAAACUUGCGUCGUGAAAAAGGAGUGGCUUCUGAACUGAAGUUACUUAUCAAUCAGCGAGAUGAAACAUUUUGGGAGUCACAGUCCUUUUAUAGUUUUUGGCGAAGCUUCUAGAAAUCGAAUUUUCCUUUUUGAUGAAUGAAACUUUUAGCUCUGGGCCCUCCGCCAGUCUUUGGCCGACCAGUCCGACUCGGACUCUUCUGAUCAAAGCGACGGCUCUCUUUUCGUGAGUUUCAACCCUUUCUCAAAAGAUCUCAGAAAGCAUAUCUUAAUUGAAAUAAACUAUAAAAAUUUCAGUAAGGCCGUCUUCUCCUCCUUCUUGGGCGUCUCUUCUGUGUUUUUUUUUGCUUGUUGUUUUUUGAUAAAUUGUUUCUUUCUUUAUACUGUGCUUUGCUCGAAAAAUAAUUCCUCUUGUUAAUGGGGUUGUAAUUUUACUUUAAAAUGUUUCAAGGGCUUCCGGAAAGAUACUCAUAUCUCAUGUAGGAAAGAAAGUCUGAUUUCUUCUUCCAAGUUAAAGCUUUGAUAAAAGUUUGACUCCUGCCUCAUGAUAAAUCUGAAAAAAAUAAUAAAAAAUCCAGCUCGUUGAAACAGAAUGGCGUAGAGAUAUUCCCACCAAAACAUGACCGACACAAGUUUUUCUGCAGCAGCUCGUUGAAUCUAGAGGUUAAUUGUUUUAAGAAGCCUGUUUUUUUUCUGAUUUUUUCAGAUUCUCUUGGUUCAUUUAAGAAUUUCUCCACUUCUUUUCUUACUUCAUACAUUCCUUUGUAAAUAAAGGCUUGAGAAUAGGUUUCCACUUUUAAUAAUUUUCGGACCUGAUUUUUUUCAGGCAUCGAAGCUUUAAAUUGACUUUGUUGCAUCGGCUUUCAAAUCUUCUCUUCAGGUUCAAGUUUUUCUGUCACAAUUUUUCUUUGAAUAUUUCAGGUUCCAAGUUUUGCGUGGUUUCUGGACUUGGAAGCUCAGAAUCUCAGGACAUCAAAGGAUCCAAAAUUUUUGAAAAAAGUUUGCUUCCUUUAUUUGUAUAUUCAUGGCUCAAAGUUUCAGAAUUGAUUACGAGAACGACUGCAAUAAAUGUAUAACAAUGUUGCUGGACAAGGCAAUCGAAAUUUCGACGAAACGAUUUAAGGUGAGAAAAAACGUCGUUCCCAUGACUAAUGUCUUUUUUAGGUAGCUCUGCUUCCCCGCACGAUCACCACGUGAAGAACCAUGAUUACAGCUCCGCUCUGGAAAUCUCUUUUUUGCUCAAUAAAUGAUAAAAAAUGUUGAUCAACUGUUUUUUAUUUGUUGUUGUUUGUUAAAUUCUGUGAAAUACUUGUGAUUCAGAAAAUAUGAAAAAAACUUGAAAACAAAAAAAUUUUCCACACAAGAAAGAACAAGGCUCUUAUGAAACGUUUUGUGCGUUGAAAAAAUAAUCCACUCAUAAUUCCCUCUUCGUUCUGAAGUAACUACAAACUUAAAAUGCUUCGAAAUGGUUUCGAACCCUGAACUUUUUGAAAAUUUUGUGUAUUUGACAAAAGUUGCCUGCGCAAACUUGGAAGUUUCAAAAGUCUAAGAAAAAAAGAAAUAUACUAAUCUCGACGGUAAACUUUUUUUUGGGAAGAGACGUGGGACUCCCCAUGAAGAUUCGCGGUCGUUUUGGAGGAUCUUCUAGUGAAACUUUCAUCGAAAAAGGGAUACCCUCAGCGCAGAAAUUCGGAAUUUCAUUUCUUCUGAACGACCUGACAAUUUCCAGAAAGUUUUCAAAACUAAAAAAAUUUAAGAGGAACGUUCAGUCAGAAAAUCGAACAAAUCGGGAAAAAAUUGAUAUUCCAUCUUCGGCGGUUGUCUUCUUAGCAACCAUUGGACGUUUCUUUGAUGACUCGGUUUUUUGGGGCCUGUCUCUCGGAGAUAAUUUUUUCGUGUAUCCAAAGUAUAGCUAUACAGGAAAGAAUCCAAAGAAAUUAUUUCCUUCAACAGUCCGGAAUCGAACCCAGAUGCUCCCCGGUCACAUUCUUUAAUCUCUUUAGGAAGCAAAUUUUUUAUCUGCAAAUUCUUGCUUUCUGGACAAUUGGUUUAAUAAAAUAUGAGAAAAAGUUCGAAUCAAUCAGGCCUUUUAGCCGCUUUCUAUACAGUCCAUCCAAACAUUUAUCUGCAAUGGAGAGGAAACUCUCAAGGCAUUUGCUUCCUCACGCCGUUUUUCACUCGAGCCUAUUUUUUCCUUUUAUAGUUCCUUCGUCACAAUCGUUUUUUCGUGAUCCAAACAAUGUCUGUAUAUUUCCCAAUAGUUCAAAGUUUCCGUUUGUUUUUUGUUUUUUUGCUAUAGAUCUCGUUAUAAAAAUCAAAAAGUUUGAUUUAAACGCUUAUUUGGUAUAUGUUCAGAAACGGAAAUGAGAUCGAAAAAAAUUCCGUUUUCAAAGUUAGAGCUCGUGAGAUUUUCGUGAUUUUGCGAUAACGAAACGCAGUUUUUUUCAACGAAAGAAAUAUUUUUUUAAUCAAAAAAAUUUAGAAUCCUAAUAAGAAAUGUCAUUUCAAUUUUCUUUUGUUAAAACUCCCAGGAAUCGGGCAGAAUCUUUGAUGUGGUGUAAAAAAAUAAAGAUCCUAAAAAACAUAAACCUGCUAAAACAUCGAGAAUCAAUCUUAAAGGCAUAGGAAAGAAAAAAAACAGUUUUUCAGUUCGAAGCCGUACUUUGUAGAGCUUUUCAUUGUGAAUCGAACGGUGAUCUUGAAUAUUUACCGAACUCUCUAGUUUUGGAGAAAAAAUCACUCAAAGUCGGAAAAAAGAUAGUUUGGGUUCCCGCCCAAAGGGCGCUUGGUCGCGAAGUUGCCUUAUGGACAACAAGCUUUGCAAUUUUUUGGAUCUUCGCUUUAUGCUCCGUUUCUUAUAACUUUCAAUUUUUUCUGUUGUCGCCGAAGCUCUUUUCGCCGCAAAAACUUUCCGCUGAUGUAUGAUGUGCAAACUUUGAUCGAGAAAUGCUUCUCUUGUAAAAAAUGACCUAUUCACACAGAUUUCGAUUGAGAUAUCGAUGUUUUGCAUUUACUUUGAUAUCGGUGUGUAAUUUUUGUUCGCCCUAGUGAUUUUUCAGAGAAAAAAGCUGGAUUUGAAGCAGUUAUGCGGUUAUUAUUAAUAAAAUGCGAGUCUAAUACGACGUCCGCAACGUGCACCGCUACUGUGAACAGUUGUCCGUACACGGAUCCAGAGCAUAUUUCAAAAUUAAAGGCGGAAAAGUAAAAUCGCGUUUUUCUUCAAAAGUAAUCACAUUUGUAAUUUUUUGGAGUGCAUCGUUCGAUUUGCAAAGAAAAACUAUAUAAGAUACAGGUUUCAUCUAAAACCCCGUUUUCAAUGCUCUUAUGGCAAAAAAAUUCGAUAUCUCUUGAUUUUUCAUUUUUGUCAAAGCUUCCCUCCUCAAAAAAUUGAAGUUUGGACAGAUUGAUCUUUUGAACUAGUUCAAAUGCUGAUCAGGAAGUUUUCGGGACUACGCGCAAAAUGAGAUGAAACUGACUAAAAAUACAUACUUUCAGAUGUCUUCCGAAGAGUCGGAUGCCGCCUUUUUGGAAUUUCAGCGACUUCAAGAAGAAGCUGAACGCCUUUAUCUGCGACUCCAGGAACAGGAGGAGCUUUUUGCGAGCUCCGCGCCUUCCGCCCUUUCAGAAGCUUUGCUGGAGGACCUUCGCCAGCAGCAUCACGCUGCCCUGGAGGCGGCUCUGGCCGCUGAAACGACCUCCUUUGAGGCCCUACAGCGCUGGGUCUUGGAAAUCGAUGAUAAUCUGGCGGAGGUGAUUUUAAUUCAGUUUUAUGUGCUCAAUCAAGAUCAUUGUCGUAAACAAAAGUGAGAAAAAAUGCAGAAAAAAGUAAGUGUUUUUUGAAUAUUCGGCUCGGGAAAAGAAUUGUGAGAGAUAUAGGAAAUGAUUGAUAGAAAAGUCUGUGCGCAGGAAAGUUCAGCGAAGCUUUUGACGAGAAUCUUUCAAAAACAUCCUGGAAAAAAACUUGGUCAAAUUUUCAGUUAUACAUCAACUAACAGCGCAUUGGAAUCACUUCGAAAAUUUUCAGUCACCUCUGCUUUCUCCGCAGCAUGCUGAGAUUGAGGCAGAGUCGGAGGCCGAGUCGGAGGCAGAAGCCGUCGUUCCUAACAGUGUCGCCGAGUCUUCCGCUCUAGGCGAUCAGGUUGUUCCAGGCUCUCCUGAGGUUCUCUUUGUAAGUUCGAUCCUUUUUCCAAGAAUGAAUAACUUUCAGGCUUUGUUCGAAAAUUGAACAAAUAUUUUUUCAGUGGUAACUUCGUCCUUUUUCUCGCCUUCUUCUGCUGGCUUUCCUCUUUCCUCUUUCCUUUUUUUUGUUUUUGUCUCUUUUUUGUAGUUUUUUUCUUAUUUAGAUAAAGAUUUUAUUCAUUUGAAUAUGUUUUUCCCGCAUAUCUACGUGAGCAAAAAUUCAGUUAAACAAUUUUUUUAUUCGAAUUCGAAGAAAGAAGUAAUCAAAAGCUUUGACAUAUUAUAAAAAAAGUAAUUGGUAAAAGUCUAGAAGAAUUCAAUGAAAUUCCAGGCAAAUUUGAUAAAUUCUGAAAGUUCUCCGAGAAGUGUUUGCCAGAUCACAACGUUUUUUAUCCAGCUUAUCUCUUGAGAAAUGAAGCUUUAGAUUAUUUUUCCUGUAUUGAUACUCUUUCAACGAAAGUUCUUGAAAAUUAUUUAACUGCAUCCUGGUAGUUAAAUGGUUUCGCUCGAUUUCGAACGUCUUGGCAAAUCCAGAAAAGAUGUCAAAAAUUUAAAAUUCCAUCCGAUUCAACGUUGAAAAGAACGUGAGACCCAGGUUUCAUCGUUUUCGCACCUAUUUAGCACCGCUAUUUAAAAGCCGUUCGAGCAACUUCACAUGAUACUCCAGAAGAGACGGUCGACGAUUGCCCGUGGGACUUUGACCGAAGGUGCGAAGAAGGCGUCGGGCACGAGGGCGGGGAAACUGUUGCGUCUGCGGCUACCGCCCCCGACAGUUUUGUUUUCUUCCUUCUCUUCCUUUUUUCUUUUCCUUGUGCUGUGGUUCGACAUUUAUUUCUCAAGUGAAACUGUGGAACUUUAUUCUCCUGCUGUCUUGAGUCAGCUUUAGCUAACAAUUUGAACAAAAUUAAUUUAAAAAUUUUUCUUGUUUCUGUCUUUAUGGGAAGGUGAAAAAAAGUAUCCGGUUUUUCUUUUUACUAUAAAAAGCGUCGUAAAACACAAAAAUGAUCUCGUUUUUUUUGUUCAAAGUUUUUCGCCUUUGAUUUGUGACGUUAAAGCUUCUUGUGAAACUAUUGGAAUCUAUCAUUGUAGUUUAAGUUCUGCGCUAAAAAAGUGUCCAUUUAGUUGAUAUUUGCGUUUGUUCCUCUAUUCCUUGUUGCGUUUCGAUUCAAAAUCGGAAUUAUUAUGAAGUUUCGAUGAAGUGAUGCAUUUCAGAAUGACGAAACCACAAUCUGCUUGGGAUGAGGUUGCAAAGAAAGCCGCGAAAUCCUACGUGCAGUUCAAAAAGUUUGAGCUCAAGUUCCGGCAAACUGAUAAGCUUCGAGACAAGUUGGAAGCUAAUCGCCUCAAGCGAUUUUGCGAAAAAAAUCAGAAUGACGGUCUGAAACUGCAGCAAAGGAGAAACAUGGAUGAAGGAUGGGUUGGUUUUUUGUGUUCUGAAGAAAUUUUUUAUUUUCCUUUCUUUUCGAUGAAAGAUAGGGGCCUUUAAGUUUUUCCAAUCACAGUAUCUCCGAGAUAUUAGGACCGGGAAGAAAGAAAAGCGGGAAAACUACAAAAAAUCGCCUUGAUGCAGUGAUUUUUUUCUUCUUUGAAUUUUUUAAAUCGAGCGUUCUAUUGAGAGCAGAUCUGAAAACUCUGUCAUAUUUGCUAUUUGCAGAAACUUGUAGCUCCAGAAAUAAUAGUUUUUCGAGUUCCGAUGUUUAUUUUAAAUCUUUUUUUUUGUCUUGGACUCGAAUUUUAGGAAAAAAAAACACAUCCAAAAAGAUUGAUCUACCUUCUGAGAGAAUAACUGUAACAGUGCAAAAUGGAUUGGCGUCGAAAAUUGUUUUUUACAGUACCAACAGAGGGAUACGAAGAAAUGGGCGGACUUGUGUGUUAUUGCAAGGCUACGCGUCAUCCAAAUGAAGGCUUAUGUUGAAUCGACCAAAAAGAACCUCCUUCUGGCCCACGUGAACGCUGGACGAAAACCAACGGCCUGUGAGAAGCGGACAAUUCGCAACUUGUCCAGAGAGCUCGAUACCGCGCAUUCGACUCUCAGAACAUCUCAAAAAAAGGCUAACAGAUACGCCAAGGAGUUCAUGGAUUCGGUCACAAAACAGGUUAGUACACCGUUUUGAAAUAUCCAUCCAAUUUCAUAAUUUGUUCAGAUUUUGGUUGAAAACGUCACUCCAUGUGACGCUGACGAAAGCAGCACCAACUGCGACGAGGACAUCAGUGACAAGCAAGAGAUCAGUAACGACAACGACAACAUCAGCCAGGGCAGCGAUGACGACGAUGAGAAGAACUUGAGGAGCUCCGAUGAAAGCAGCAGUGCACACGAAGAAGACAGCUCUAGUGGCAAAGAAAUGAAUAAUGCUUGUAUAUUUUGA